AUAAGAGUAAAGAGAAUCUUAAUUGCAUCCAAUGUAACUCUUACCACACCCCAUGAAGUUACAACCGUUCUUCUGGUUGCUGACUCCUCUAUAAACUUAAACAACAUCACUGCUUCAGCAACAUUACUUAGUAAAAUUUCAUAAAUCUGAGUUUCUUUAUUUAAACUCAAUAUAUAUUCACCUUUGCAUUCCCAUUCUUUUGCUACUACUUUCUCUCACCCUAUGAAAAAGUCUUUCAUGUGGGAUUGGAACACUGCUCUGUAUAUAUUGAUUUAUUGUUACUACAUUCCCUCAUAGCAUUAACCUUUCUGAGAGUCUAGACUUAACUCACAUAUCCUAAAGAUGAAAUCAUCAGUUUUUGGAGCAUUGGUUUUGGUUUUUCAAGUUUUAUUGUUGUUGGUGUGUUGUGUUCAGGUGAAAAGUGUUGGUGGCCAAACUAGAAAGUUCAUUACUUGGGAUGACUUCACGGUGAAUGAACAGAAUCUAGCCUCCGAUGGUGCUGAAAGAGUUAUAGUGGUGGAUCAGAGUGGUCAUGGAGAUUCAAAAACUGUUCAAGGGGCUGUAGAUUUGGUUCCAGAAAACAACACAGAAAGAAUCAAAAUAUAUAUCUAUCCAGGAACUUACAGAGAAAGAGUGCAUGUACCAAGAGGCAAGCCUUACAUUUCCUUCAUAGGCAAACCCAACAUAACUGUCAAUGGCAGUGAUCUAAAUGUAAGGGCCAAUGCCAAUGCAGUGAAUGUAACCAACAUUGCCAAUGCCAUACCCAUCAUCACAAAUAGUACUAAAGCAUCAGACAAAGGCUCAGAUGGCCAAGAAAUGGGCACAGUCGGUACAGCAACUGUGUGGAUAGAAUCAGAUUUCUUCUGUGCAACUAAACUUACUAUUGAGAAUUUGGUUGGUAAAGAUGCAGAAAAGCGUCAAGCUGUAGCUUUGAGGGUGGAUGGGGAUAAAGCUGUAUUCUAUCAAGUUAGGCUUGUGGGGGAGCAGGACACCCUUCUAGAUAGCAAUGGAACACAUUAUUUCUACAAAAGUUACAUUGAAGGAUCCGUUGAUUUCAUAUGUGGCAAUGCAAAAUCAUUGUUCCAUGAGUGUAUACUGUACUCUGUAGCUGAGUUUUGGGGGGCAAUUGCAGCUCAUCACAGGGAAUCACCUGAUGAAGACACAGGAUUUUCAUUUGUUGAUUGCACAAUCAAAGGAAAUGGUAGUGUCUUGCUAGGGAGAGCUUGGGGGGAGUAUGCUACAACAAUAUAUUCAAACUGUGACAUGGAUGAUAUCAUUAGCCCCAUGGGAUGGAGUGAUUGGGAUGUUCCAUCUAGACAGAGGACUGCACUGUUUGGGGAGUAUCAAUGUUCAGGAAAAGGAUCAAAUAGAACUGGGAGGGUGGAAUGGUCAAAAUCUCUAAGCAGUGAGGAAGCUAGGCCUUUCCUGGGCAGAGAGUACAUAUCUGGAGACGAAUGGCUUAGACUACAAUAAUAACCACUUCACCCACCAUAUAAUAUUCAUAUAUGGUCCUCUUUUCAUCUUACGUUUUCUUUAUUUGUUUAGAUAGCAUCAUAAAAAGAUGAAAUUAUAAACAGUCAUGGAAUCGUGAUCGAUUAUCUUAAUUGUAAACAAUUUUGUGUAUA